AUGAGUUCUGACCGAGAGGAGUAUGACAUGGUCUGUCAGAAAGCUGUGACCCUAAUUGUUGACCUCUGCCUGCACAACAGCACACUGCUGGAUCGGGAUACCUGUCAGGAUUUCCUCUUCCUGUUGUCCAGCCAGAGCUCUGACCACAAAGAACAGGACGCUACUUUUGGCCUCCUGCUUGGUGUGUUUGUGGUCUGCGGCCUGUCUCUGCUGGGCCUUCUUACGUUCGUUACCUGGAAGCUGUGCUGGGUGCCUUGGAGGACUAAGGCCCAUUUCCCAAGUCCGUCCCUCAUCUCGGCCUGUGGCCCAGAUCGCUGCCCGCUCCAGCCGCCUCUCCAGCUGCCCAGUUCCCAGCAGUCACCCAUCGCCAUGGCGACAGAGAAGAUGAAGGACCCCAUGGGCUCGAUGGGUUUCCUGGAGGCGGCAGUGAAGAUAAGCCAUACAUCUCCCGACAUCCCCACCGAUGUGCAGCUCUCCAUGAGGGAGCACUUCCUGCGCCGCACACAACGCAUGCAGAGACAGACCACUGAGCCAGCCUCCUCCACUCGGUUAGUCUCAUACACUGCAUCAUUCUGUUGCUCUCUGCCCCAGAGGCACAAUUCAUUCAAAAGACACCUGCCCAGGCAGAUGCAGGUAGGCAGUCUAGACCUGGGAAAUGACUAUGUGGUGGAAAAAGACGAAAAGCCCACCAGCCUUGGCCGCAUCCAGCCAGAGCUGUACCAACAGAAGACCCUGGAAUCGGAGGACUCCUCUAAGAAUGGCAGCAGCAAAAACUGUGGCAGGAUUAACUUCUCUCUCAAGUAUGACUAUGAAGCCGAGGCCCUCUUAGUCAACAUCCUCACGGCAGUAGACCUGCCCGCCAAGGACUUAUGCGGCACAUCUGACCCUUACGUGAAGGUCUACCUGCUGCCUGACCGCAAGAAGUUCCAGACACGCGUCCACCGGAAAACUCUCAACCCCACUUUCAAUGAGAGCUUCCAGUUUCCCGUGCCUUAUGAGGAGCUGGCAGUCAGGAAGCUCCACAUGAGCGUCUUUGACUUUGACCGGUUUUCACGGCAUGAUAUGAUCGGGGAGGUGGUGCUGGACAACUUGUUUGAGACAUCAGACCUCUCCAGGGAGACAAACAUAUGGAGAGACAUCCAAUAUGCCACCAGUGAAAGCGUUGACCUUGGAGAGAUCAUGUUCUCGCUAUGCUACCUGCCCACUGCAGGCAGACUCACACUUACUGUCAUCAAGUGCAGGAACCUCAAGGCCAUGGACAUCACUGGAUACUCGGAUCCCUAUGUCAAAGUGUCGCUCAUAUGUGACGGGAGACGUCUGAAAAAGAAGAAGACGAGCAUAAAAAAGAACACUCUGAAUCCCACUUACAAUGAGGCAAUCAUCUUUGACAUCCCGCCGGACAGUAUGGACCAUGUCAGCCUGCACAUCUCCGUCAUGGACUACGAUUUGGUAGGUCAUAAUGAGAUCAUUGGUGUGAUGCGGGUUGGAUGCAGUGCUGAGGGACUUGGCAGGGACCACUGGAAUGAAAUGCUGGCUUAUCCACGCAAGCCGAUUGCACACUGGCACCCCCUGCUGGAGUCCAAGAAAUCAGAGAAGGAGUGGAAGGCGAGGACAGCCAGCUUCGACAGCCAAGGUUCCUGCCCCUCACCCAGGCCCCCUGCCAGUCCCUGAGCAGAGCCACCUGUGACCCAGCAGCCCAGAAGGGGGUUUCCUCCCUCCUGCUGAUCCACUUCCUGUCUGUCUGAUUGAGGAGAAACACAACCCCUCUGUCUCUCCCUCUCUCUCCCCCCUCCCUCCCUCUCUCUCUCUCUCUGUCCUCCCUUCCUCAAGUCUAGUCCCAGAGCCCUGUCAAGAACUGAUCUAGGACCACCGUCAGUCAGUUAGUUGUGUGAAGCGCAGUCUUUUCGGAUUAAAGUUGUAGGGUCUCUGAUUUGAAUUGUGGUUGUUGUGAUGACCCAGAGCUGCCCCUGUUGUCCUCACAGGAGACUGGCUGGACAUCCAGUCUGCAAACAUUUAAUAUACGGCCUUCCGGGGCUGAGGCAAACGGAUCCCGGCAUUCCUCGCGGGAGACUUUCCAGACACUGAAGAUUCAGCUCUGCGCUGCAGAGACGCUUUGACGGGAAGUCUCAGUCGACCCUCGCUCCCUGAGAGGAGCAGAGGGUUCGCGGGGGGAGGCUGAGGACACGUGUCGAGGUUGAAAAAGAGGCGAUCUUGAACAGGAUCGGAAGCAAUUUCAAAACUCUGCAGCUCUCUCACAUUGAAUUUUACUAUAAAACAACACUGAACUGUAGCAUUUUGUAACUAUUAGAUGUAAAAGCGCUCCAUCCGGCUUUGUUUGUGAAAAACAACACUGAACUGAAUUUCGAAGCUCCAGCUGAGUUCACUGUACUUCCACUUUCUGCGAUCACGUAAGCAAGUAGCCGAUCUCCGUCUUAACCGAGGAGACGCUGGACCAGGCUGAAACUAAAAUCUUCUUAGCUUGACAAUUUGAAGCUUUAGUGUGGUAUCGUAAGCAACCAUGACAAACGGUUUUAUGUAAUGAAGAAGAAGAAGAAGAAGAAACAACAGGAUUACUGGUUUUCAAACAAGAGCAAAUUGGCUGCAGCGUUUUUUUACUGAUUUCAGCUCUUUUUCAAUCUUUGUCGGUUCUCACUACAAGACGGAGAUGGUUAAAUUGCCUGAUAAACGCACAAAUAGCUUAUACUAUAACUACAAGCCAAUCUAAAAAGAAAAGAAUUUAAAAGAGACAGUCAUUUUGAAAGAAAAGAAGGUUUCCGUGAAUGGACCCAUGGAGGUUACUGUAAACAGGGAAAUUAUGAGCACAGGUUACACACCCGUACCUCCUCUGUUCGAUGUUUGCUUUUGAGCAAUCUCACCCUUUCUUCCAAGUGAAAACUCACACAAACGCUCAUGUUUUCCAUCAGACAGACGCUCUUCAAAGGCCCUUCGUUGUUUUUUUCUGGGCAGGUUUUGGUGGAUGUGUUGAUAUCAUGUACAGCCGUCUGCUGGUUACUCUGUGUACGUUUUUUUUUUUUUUCCAAACAGAAAAACAGAAAAGAUACGAUGAUAGGUAUAGAUUUAAAAAAAGAAAAGAAAAA